GUAGUCGCGUCUCAAAUCUCAUUGUGCGAGGAUGGAGCGAUGGAUCGGAAAGGUGGCUGUGGUUACCGGAGCAAGUGCCGGAAUCGGCGCAGCGAUUGCUCGAAGUCUUGUUAAACAAGGUAUGAUAGUGGCGGGCUUCGCGAGGAGAGUGAAGAGAAUCAAGGAAAUCGCUGACAAUUUGGAAGAUUCCCCGGGAAAGCUUUAUCCUGUAGAAUGCGAUGUCACUAAGGAGGACAGCAUAAUCGCGGCUUUUGCACGGGUGAAGGAUGAUCUCGGCCCGCUAAGUGUUCUCGUGAAUAGCGCUGGUAUCACAAAGGAAUCUUCACUCAUAGACGGCACUUUAGAGGAGUGGCAGUCAGUAUUUAACGUGAAUGUUUUGGGACUCUGUCUCUGCACACGCGAAGCCGUUCGUACGAUGCGUGAAACCACUGCCGAGGAUGCCGUAGUGAUCCACGUGAAUAGUUUGGCCGCCGAGAGGAUACCCUUCGUACCAGGAUUCAGUGUGUAUCCGGGAUCGAAGCGAGCCGUCACCGGCCUCGCCCAGACCUUGCGACAUGAGCUUGCAGGCACGCAUAUACGAGUCACGAACAUCAGUCCCGGUUUAGUCGCGACCGAUUUCAUGACCUCUUAUAGCAUAUUCUCAUCGGAAGCAAUGGCGGCGAUGCCGACUUUGAAUCCGGAUGAUGUUGCGGCAGCGGCGAUUUACGUGCUAUCCAAUCCUCCUCACGUUCUGAUACAAGAUAUCGUACUGAGACCUCUGGGCGAAUCGUGGUAAUCAAUUUUCAAAUCAAUUAUGUGCUUUAUACAAUGAAUUAUAUAUAAAAUAAUUUUAAUCUAACAAUUUUGUUUGCUUUUUACAAAAGUGGCACUAAUAAAAAAAGCAGAUUUAUAUUCAUAUCUUCUUUUUCCUACUUCAAAUCGUGUGAAAC